UGGAGGUGAAACACUCAAGCUGCCGGGACAAUUCAAAAGCAAUGACUACAUUAGUACUGACUGACAGUUUAAAAGGAAUGACUACAUUAUUACAUCAUGGGAAUUUGUGAAACAUCCGCUGAAGAUCUCUCUUCUCCAGCUGUCAUCCUAAAUUAGCUGAGCUCUGUGAAAGGAGAGCUGUUUCAACUGACCCCUUCUGCUCCUUGAAGCUCCAACUGUCCGUGAGACCCAAAUGCUGUCCGUCUCUCUUCAAAGUGGUCCCUCUUGAAGAAAAAUGAAUUGUAGUGAAAGCCAGCCAUUCAUGUGGGGUAACUCCCUCUAGGACGUCUCCUAACCUUGUUGAGAAAGCUGGCCUGGCUUCCAAGAGACUCGAAUGGGUGAUCUAUGACAAUGUAACCGAUGAGGGGAAUUGAAUUCCCAUUUUCCUUAGCAGCUGCAAGCAGGAUAUGCGCUUGAGCUGCGGGUAUUGACAAUAAAGAAAACCUUCCACCUUCAGUCGCUUGAGGGCUCCUUUAACGUCAUGCAGUCAUCAGAGGAAUUAUUCAGCAGGAAACUUAAAGCAUUGAAUGGGAGUAUGGGACAUCCAGCUACUCACACCCAAGGCAAGCUGGAUGGGGGUAGCAAAACGAAUGGUACACCUGCCAUGCCUAAAAUGGGGGUGCGAGCCAGGGUGACGGAUUGGCCCCCAAAAAAGGAAGGUUUGGAAAGUCGAGGGGGACCCAAUUAUGAGAGCGUCAUCGCAGCGUUUCAGAAUGGACAGCCAGACCAAAGUGUGGCGAUUACUGAAUUAGGUGACGUAGCUCUGGAGCCGGAUUACUCUGAUACAAAAUAUUCCCUUAGUGACCUUUUGAGUCAAUCCCCUUUGAAGGGGCUUCAUCCCAUUCGACAGCGGAGUAACAGUGAUGUGACUAUCAGUGACAUCGAUGCAGAGGACAUAAUGGACCAGAAUGCUGUCAAUCCAAACACUGGUGCAUCUUUGCAUCGAGAGUAUGGAAGCACGUCCUCUAUUGACCGACAAGGUCUCGGAAACGAUGGUUUCUUUACCAUGUUGCGAGGAUACAGGAUUGACAAUUUAGAGCAUCGUAGCGCCCCACCUGUUGGCUUUCCAGAACUUCUACGCUACAACACCACCCUCUCCCCAAGCUUGCAAACAGCCGCUCAGAUAGCCCGAGGUGAGAUCGUCCGCAUCUCCAGCUAUGACUACGUGGACAGCUCCCUCCUCUACAGCCGUGAAAGAGAGAAGUCCUUCAUGCGACGCCUCAAGUCAGAGUCCUCCGAGACAUCGCUUUUUAGAAAGUUAAGGACUAUAAAGAGUGAACACGAUGGUCUGAGGCUCUCGACCGAGCAGGAUGACCGUCGGCCACUCAGUUUCCAGAAGUGCUUUGCUCACUACGAUGUCCAGAGCGUGCUCUUCAACAUCAGCGAAGCAGUCGCCAAUCGAGUCAACCUCAGUCAGAGGAAGAACACAACCACCGGAGCUUCUGCAGCCUCACAGUACCAAGUCCCAGGAGUUGCUCAUGUGGGUGGGAAUUCUACUGCGCCUGCAUCCAUGUUUGAAUCGCCCCUGGGCAGUAGGGAGGACCUAAACCCCAAGGAGAACCCGGAUGCUGAUGAGGGUGAUGGGAAGAGCAAUGGAUUGGUGCUUAAUUGCCCGCAUUUUCGUAAUGAGAUUGGGGGAGAGGGCGAGAGGAGAAUUUCACUCUCCAGGGCCAACAAUGCCACCUACAGUGGCGGAGGAGAAAACUGCUCCUUUGAGUCCUCUUUAAGUUCUCACUGUACCAAUGCUGGUGUGUCUGUGUUGGAGGUACCACGGGAGAACCAGCCCAUCCACCGUGAAAAGGUCAAGCGAUACAUCAUCGAACACAUCGACUUGGGAGCGUAUUAUUACCACAAAUAUUUCUACGGGAAAGAGCACCAGAAUUACUUCGGGGUGGAUGAGAAUUUGGGUCCGGUGGCUAUCAGCGUGAGAAGAGAGAAACUGGACGAUGGAAAAGACAAGGAGGGAGCGCAGUAUAACUAUCGGAUCACCUUCAGGACGAGUCAGUUAACCACCCUGCGAGGAGCGAUUCUGGAGGACGCUGUGCCUUCCACAGCGAGGCACGGUACGGCACGUGGUCUUCCUCUGAAGGAAGUGCUGGAGCAUGUGGUGCCUGAACUGAACAUCCAGUGCCUGAGACUGGCCAUCAGCUCACCCAAAGUCCCGGAGCAACUCCUCAAACUGGACGAGCAGGGGCUGAGCUUUCAACACAAAGUGGGCGUCCUGUACUGUAAAGCGGGUCAGAGCACAGAAGAGGAGAUGUACAAUAAUGAGAACGCUGGACCAGCGCUGGAUGAGUUUCUGGAUCUGCUCGGACAAAGAGUCCGGCUAAAGGGCUUUACGAAGUACAGAGCACAACUGGACAACAAGAUGGACUCUACCGGCACUCACUCACUCUAUACAACCUACAAAGACUAUGAACUGAUGUUCCAUGUGUCCACACUUCUCCCCUACACACCCAACAACAGACAACAGUUGCUCAGAAAGAGACAUAUAGGAAAUGACAUUGUCACCAUCGUAUUCCAGGAGCCUGGUGCCUUGCCCUUCACACCCAAAAACAUUCGCUCCCAUUUUCAGCAUGUGUUCGUCAUCGUUAAAGUUCACAAUCCAUGCACUGAAAACGUCUGCUACAGUGUGGCGGUAUCCAGAUCAAAAGACGUGCCUCCAUUUGGUCCUCCCAUUCCUAAGGGUGUGACUUUUCCCAAAUCAGCCGUCUUCAGGGACUUCCUGUUGGCCAAAGUGAUCAACGGGGAAAAUGCAGCGCAUAAAUCUGAAAAGUUUCGUGCCAUGGCGACUCGCACACGUCAGGAGUAUCUCAAGGACCUCGCGGAGAACUUCAUAAGCACAACGACGGUUGACUCUGCCGUUAAAUUCAGCUUCAUCACACUGGGUGCCAAGAAGAAGGAGCGAGUUAAACCGCGGAAGGAUGCUCAUCUCUUCAGCGUGGGUGCUGUCACCUGGAGCGUGGUGGCACGAGAUUUUGGACAAACAGCGGAUGUGGAGUGUCUGUUGGGUAUUUCUAACGAGUUCAUCGUGUUAAUCGAGGAGGAGUCUAAGAAUGUCAUUUUUAACUGUUCCUGUCGGGAUGUCAUUGGAUGGUCUUCUGGCAUCAUGAGCAUUAAGAUCUUUUAUGAACGUGGAGAGUGUGUGAUGUUCUCGGCGCAUGAUAACUGUGGAGAGGACAUUAGAGAGAUCGUCCAAAGACUUGAGAUUGUUACCCGUGGCUGUGAGACCACAGAAAUGACCCUGCGCAGGAACGGUCUGGGCCAGCUCGGCUUUCAUGUCAACUUCGAAGGCAUCGUGGCGGACGUGGAGCCGUUUGGUUAUGCGUGGAAGGCGGGCUUGCGUCAGGGCAGCCGAUUGGUGGAGAUCUGUAAGGUGGCAGUGGCGACAUUGACCCACGAACAGAUGAUCGACCUGCUGCGAACCUCCGUCACCGUUAAAGUCAUCAUCAUUCAACCUUAUGAGGAUGGAGCUCCAAGAAGGGGCUGUUCAGAGCUGUACCGCAUCCCGAUGGUGGAGUAUAAGCUGGACAGUGAAGGAGCUCCUUGCGAGUUCAAGACUCCCUUCAAAAGAAACACCACGUGGCACCGUGUGCCCACCAGCAGCCAGCCUCUCCCUCGCGGCUCCCCCACACAGGGUCCCGAUCGGUUACCAUGCCAACAGAUGCUCCAGCAUGCUCAGACCGGCAUCCCGCGCAGCACCUCUUUCGACAGGAAGUUGCCAGAUGGACCAAGGAGCAUUCAGGACAUUGAAAACCCUCAGAUCUCUUCCUGCAGUAAAGGAGACGCGUCUCAACAUUACCGAAGCUCACCCAGUAACCAGUCCUCGUCUAGUGACCCGGGACCCUGCGGGAGCGCCACCUGGAACCAGCAGCAGGGAUACGACGGGUGUCAAUCCCCCGUACUACAUGACCGCUCCGCUGAAGCCCAGGGCAUGUUGGGAGAUGGAGAGAUGCUAAGGGAGAGGGAGCCCACCCUAGAAAGAACACGAUCUGCAGAGGCCAAAUGGCAUGUCCCAUCCACUAAGAUCCUCAACUCAUUGAAGGAGAGGGGCAAGGAUUCGCCGAACAAGUUGACGAGGCAGGGCGGCGAUAAGAACUCCAGCCACUCCAGUAGUAACACUCUCUCCAGUAAUGCCUCCAGCAGUAACAGUGAUGAGAAGCACUUUGGCUCUGGAGAUCUGAUGGAUCCAGAGAUGUUGGGUCUUACCUACAUUAAAGGAGCCUCUACGGAUAGCGGGAUUGACACUGCCCCCUGCAGCAUGACCCCGGGGGUGGCCAGUGCAUCCGCGUCCCGAGCCAUGCUCCAGGGGCGAGGGGCACCUGACCCGGGACACUCAUGGACCCCGGAGUUGACGGAGGAAUGUUCCACUGAGAAGGAGCACAGCAGGUUGUACCUGCCUCAGAGCUACGCCGCGGCACUGGCUGCUGGACACGCGCCAGGGGACGGGAGUGUAGGAGACCUCAGCGAGAUAUCAUCCCAUUCCAGUGGCUCCCAUCACUCUGGCAGCCCCUUACCCCACAGCUCCAAGCUCACCUCCUCUCCAGAGCCUUCCAGGGCCAGGGCAGGGUCCCACAGUAGCCAGGAGCCAGAGGUGAACACACACAACCGGUGCAGGAGGGCCGAUGACAAACCUAUCCCGGACGAGCCCCCAAUUCUGUCUGAGUGUGGUGGAGCUGAGAGCUUGUUGUCUUUUCUACUAAAAGCUCUAGCAGAGCAGUCCAGGGAGCUGUACACAGCAGAGGCAUCCUGUCGGCUACAGGAGAGGGGGAGGGACAAACUGAAGGAUGGAGGACUUCAGCCCAACAUGUCUAAAGAAGAAUACCUGAAGAUGAUGCUACCCGAUAGCCCACCUGGAGAGUGUGGCCACAGGAAGGCGUCAACAGCGGGGAGUCUGUCACCACGCCGCUCCCUCUACCGGACUCUCUCAGACGAGAGUGUGUGCAGUAACAGGAAAGGAUCGUCAUAUGCCAGCUCACGUAGCUCCAUGCUGGACCAGGCCAUGCCCAAUGACAUCCUGUUCAGCAGCACCCCACCCUACCACAGCACCCUACCCCCCCGCAUCAGCCUCAGUCAGCCCGGAUCCAACCUCAAAAAUGAGUUCUGGUUCUCUGAUGGCUCCCUAGCAGACAGGUCAAAGUUCAGUGAUCCGGGUCUCAUGCCUCUACCAGACACUGCCACCGGCUUGGACUGGUCUCACCUCGUAGAUGCGGCAAGGGCCUUUGAAGACCAGCGUGUGGCUUCAUUCUGCACCAUGACGGACAUGCAGCGAGCAGAAGCCCUGCAAAUCUCCCGCGAGCUCACGAGACGUGUGGUGGCUGCAGAGAGAGCUGCCCUUGGGGCUGGUGAGCCCUCUCCCACCACACUAACAGGCAAAGUCAAUCAACUGGAGGUGAUCUUGAGACAGCUGCAGUACGACCUGAAAAAGGAGAAGGAGGACAAGGCGAUCCUCCAGGUAGAAGUGCAGCACCUGAGACAGGACAACAUGAGACUCCAGGAGGAGAGCCAGACCGCUGCGGCCCAGCUCAGGAAGUUCACGGAGUGGUUCUUCCACACCAUUGACAAGAAACCUUAAUGGAGACUCUAUCUGAAGUGGAACAUUGGGGGGAUUAAAAGAGUCAGGAGACCCUUGAGAGGGUAAAACCACUGGAGAACUGUCUGCCGUUCAAGCAUCAGAUACAUUCAAAGCAAUCUUCAUGGAUGCUUUAGUGGCAGAGAUUUAACUAGACUAGUAAGGCCCAAUUCCUACUGCAAUUCAAAUGAGAUGAAGAAUGUAAGUAUAUACUGGACUGCGGAAGCCACUUUGUUAGUGCUAGUUGGAGUAGACGAGUUCCUUCAUACCAGGCGGGGUCGAGGAGAAACAGGUUUAGCAUGGAGAAUGUACUAAACAACUGGUACCAAGACUCUUUCAGCACCUGGAUUUUACUCCUACAAACUACAACGCUGAACAUUGAGGUGGAUUAUGAAUGUAACACAUCAAGAUCUUUAGUAGCUGGCCAAUUUGUUCCAAGUUCCUCAAGACAUAUGGCAUGCAAUACGUGUUUUUAUUUUGCACCCGCAGCAUUGUAAGGUACAGUCAAACGUUGAAGUUCAUCAGGUCAAUGGUAAGUUUCAGCAUUGUCUGAAAGUUCUGUCAGUAAUCUUGGAGUCGCAGAACUACGACAAUGUCCCAAGGAGCACAAUGUGAGGAGUUCCCGAACCUAUUCAACUGUCCCAUGUUUGCUGAUAUGACUGUGAUCAUAGUACAGUAGAAGAUCAGAAAGGAAGCAGGUGUAUACGUUGCUUUUUUGUUCCUUCUCAACACAUGCCUUGUCAAUGGUUCACUGAAUCCUGAUGUGUGUAUAUAGUUAAAAGCGUUGUAAAGUCUGAUCUAGUCGCAGUUCCUCUCCGCAGCUCUAAAACCGAGUACGACUGACUACCAGUGAACCUCAGUCACCAUGCCAAAAUUGUGUUUAUCUCUGUACAGAAACCUCCAAUCAAGUGUCUUGUAUUUAACACUGUUAUUUAAGCUUAUUUAACCCAAAUUAGUUUAUUUUAUUAAAUAAAAUAAUUAAAAAGUCUUGGUUUCUGAUCUAAGAAGGGCGUAGGAAAGGCUACGUGAUGGCUAUACUGUGAUGACCGUAGCUUUGCCAGGGCUGUGUCCGAUACGUUGAUAUAUUGAUCGAUUUGUCUUUGUUUUUCUCAUUCCAACAUUUGGAUGCUGCUAGAUUACACUUUGUUGGUUUCUACGCUUUUACAAAUGUGUUUCUCUGUAAAUCGAUUUCAUGUCAAAUGGGACAUUGGUUGCUUUUUUUUUUUUUUUUUUUUUUAAUAAAUGUAGAUGUAAAACAAAUUGAUGCUUAUUUUAAUGUUUAUGAAUAAACAAAAUAAUGAGGAA